UCUCUUGCGUAUUAUAGCACUUCUGCCCAUAUUUUCCUUGUCUGCAGCCAGUCAGCAGGCAGGAGGGAGGGGCAAAGCCUAUUUAAUAAGUAAGUUUUGCAAGGGGCUGCAGCCUCUCCUUGCCUGCGGUGGCUGGGAGGGGACCGUGCAUGGCCACCUACCUGGAGCUGCCCACCCGCGCGAGAAUGCCCAUCGUGGGACUGGGGACCUGGCAGUCUCUCCAAGGAACAGCAAGAGAUGCAGUGAAGUUUGCCAUCGGUGUUGGGUACCGCCACUUUGAUUGUGCCUACCUGUACCAGAAUGAGAAUGAGAUUGGGGAUGCACUACGAGAAAAAAUUGAAGAGGGGAUUGUGAGGCGAGAAGACCUCUUUAUUGUCAGUAAGCUGUGGUCCGCCUUCCGCGAGAGAUCCCUGGUGAAGGAGGCAUGCCAGAAAACAUGUCCUGCUCUCCAACUGGAUUAUUUGGAUCUCUACCUGAUGCACUGGCCCAUGGGAUUCAAGGCAGGGGAGGAGCUAUUUCCUGCAGAUGGAAAUGGCAUGAUCAUUCCCAGCGAUACAGAUUUUCUGGAUACAUGGGAGGCUAUGCAACAGCUGGCGGAUGCAGGACUGGUGAAAGCCGUUGGAGUCUCCAACUUCAACUGCAAACAGUUAGAUCAGCUCCUGAGCAAACCAGGCUUAAGACACAAACCUGCAAAUAAUCAGAUUGAGAGCCACCCCUACCUUCCUCAGGAAGAGCUGAUUAAGUUUUGCCAAUCCAAAGGGAUCGUCACUGCAUAUUGUCCCCUUGGAGCACCCAACUGGCCAUGGUCCAAGCCUGAAGAUAUUUCCUUUUUUGAUGAUCCCCAAAUUAAGGAAAUAGCACUCAAGUACAACAAAAUCCCAGAUCAGGUGCUUAUCCAGCUCCAGGUUCAAAGAAAUGUGAGUGUAAUUCCCAAAUCUGUCACUCCACACCAUAUUGAGGAAAAUUUUAAGCUGUUUGGGACCUUUAUUCAAGUGUUUGACUUUGAAUUGGCUAAAGAGGAGAUGGAAACCUUCCUUGCUUUCAAGAAGCAGUAUCAUAUCUGUGCAUUAAGCGAAUGCAAAAAUCACAAGGAUUAUCCUUUUUUGGAAGACUAACAUAGGCAUUGUCUUCACAUCCUCUGGGGAUCAGGACUGUAUAUCAUUGUUUCAAGCAAUUUGUAAUACUUCAUGUGUAUUAAAUCACAAUAUAAGUGGAAUAUGUAUUACAAGAUGGGAGAAGGUAGCUCACAGGCAUUCUGAAGAGUAAUCUUUGAGCGUGCAUGCAUUUGCUUCCCUUAUUAUCAACCAGUUAUAUCAGUCCUUUACCUGUAUCUUUGCUCUGCUCUUCUUGUAGCAAAAUUCUAUUGUAGCAAAAUAUAUAUUCUCUUAUCAUUUAGUAAUGAUAAAGAAGUUUAGUAAACCUGAAUCUUUGGGAUUUGUGAAAAGCAGUCUUCAUCAUAAAUAUGAAACCUGACAAGUUUUAGAGAAAUUUAGAUUCUCCCAGUGGUUGUAUUUUUAGACAAAAGUUCAAAACAUAUGCUAUCUUUCAGUUGUUAAUGUAAGGCAAUCCAUUUAACAUCAGAAGAUCUUUAUGUGAUAAGACAAUAUGCUGCUUGAGAGUCUUAGUUCAGUAAUUUCAGCAUAACAGACUGAAAGCUCUUUAGAGGACACUGCUGAAUUAUGUUUCAGGAGCUGUUUUCUUAAUGAGGUGUCCUAUUUAUGAACUGCUAAAACUAAUAAACUGGUAGGAGAUUUGUA